AUUUGCAGCAGCUUAUCUAAGCUUGUUCAGGUCGCUUCGAACACACACAAGUCCCAUACGUCAAGAUACUGCCACCAACAGCCACAAAACGUGACCAACAUCCUGAAACGCCAAAACAAUGCACUCCCAUGAAGAUGCCGGUCACACUGUCCACGUCGAGGACCUGAAAUGGCUCCCCCUUGCCCCCAAAGUCUGGAUUAAAGUCGUCAAGCUAGUCCCCGAGACUGGCGAGUACACGGUCAUGGUUCGCGCUGACCCGGGAGGUAUGCUCCCGCGUCACCGCCACGUUGAGAGUGCCGAGAUCUACGUCCUGAAGGGCAGCGGCGCGCACCCGCAAACCGGCGCCUUCGUGGCGGGAGACUAUGUGUCGGAGAGCAAAGGCGCGGUCCACGACCCGCUGCCAUUUCAUUGCGAGACCGAGCUGCUGAUGGUCAGCCGAGGACCAUCGGCGUUUUUGGCGGAUGAUGGAUCGGAUAUGUAUAUGAUGGAUGUGCAAAUGCUGCAGGGAAUGAUGAAGGCUUCGGAGGCGACGGUUUAAAUGACCCUCCCCUGUUUCUCGAGGUCUCUGUGUGCACGUUUCAGUCUCAACAUGUGACAAGGUGGAUACUAUUUUCUUUUGCGCUCGUAAAUGUUACAUUGCUGUUCCAUUUCGGCUAGCUGCAAGUAGAUUGAUAAUGC